GGGAGGGAGGAGUGGGCAGAGAAUUGCAUUGUACUGUACAAAACUUUGUCAAACAGGUCAAAAUUUGACUUGAGUAUAUAAUAUUGGCAGUAGGAAAAAAUGCUAAGUAUCCUAGUAUCAUUACAUAGUUGGUAAAUUUGAUCCUGAUUGGCAGAUUUGACCUAAAAAUAAUCAAAAGAUAAUAAAAAUGAAAAACCUGGUGGUGAGUUUUAGAAGAACUAUUUUCAAGGGUAUAAUUAUGGUGGUACGAGGACUUGAAGAAAGCCUCGUGCAGUGAUUACCUGGAAAUUGCUGGUUUUUAGGGAUGUUUUCCGGAACUGUCCAUAACGUCACUAGCAAAUGCAGAAACCAGUUAGUCGAGAUAAAUGUGCUGCUUAGGCAUUGUUCCAAUCGAAUUAUUCCGUGAUCAAAGUAAUGUUUGUGUCCUCACAUCCCACAAAAUUGAUGACAGUGUAAUCUCUGUGAGUUCUUAAUAAUGAUAAGAGUCUCAGUCUGAGUGGUGAGUGUGGUAACGUUCACAUCCAAAUGGAGAGUUUCCCACGGCUGGGACAGCACAGACCUUUGUAGCGAUAAUGAAAUGAACCUUUUCUAAUCAUCCUGUUUCCUGUGAGCAAAUAUUCUAUUCCUCAUUGUCCAUAAUGAAAUCCUAGUAAGUGCAGGGUAGCUAUAACAAAACCUUAUUUAUCACCAGCAAUAUUUACCCUACCUGUAAUUCAUUAUCACCUAUUUUCUAGUUCUGAACAGGACCUGCUGUUCGUUCUCUUCUGCACAGAACAAGAGACCAAGCUGAUGAAACUCACCUUUGAGCAAGGCGUAGGGUAUAUGUCACAUGAAAUAUUUAUUGUAUAAUUUAGGUCUGAAAACAUUGUUAAAAAUAUUGUUCCUUAUUUGCUGUUCCAAAGUAAAACCAAAAUGUAGUUAGCUACCAUCUGUUUCUUUGAACAGAUGUCCCUAUAUUUUAAGUAUUAGUUACUUGUAAUGAGCUAGAAUCACAGUUCUGGGGAACUUUGGGCUCUUCUUGAGUUGAUCCUGUGCUUGAUGCACCUUCUCACCUUCCUUGUUCCCCUUUAUGAGAUCAUUUACAGUAAAGCCAAGAGAAGUUAGUAAAUUGAUAUGAAGUGUGUGGGCAGCUUGUUACUUAUCUCCUGAUGUUUCCAGAGAAAUGUGAGAAAACAGAUUAAUAUGCAUAUAGUAUUUUUUUCACUUAUUUAAUGCCUUUUUAUCAAUUUGGAUUUUUUUAUUUCAGUACAUUAAUCUGAUGUGUGUGUAUCAGAGCAUCUUUGUCAUAUCUAGAAAACAGUUCCUUCUCAAAUAUCUAAUUGCAACAGGAACUAGGAAGGGUUUCACACUGUUCUGUAGACAUUUUGCUGUGAGAACAAUGUAACAGCUUUCUAGAACUAUGAAAGUGUUUGGUCUGUGUUUGGGUACACGAGGCUGAGAAUUCAAGCUGCUCUGGCAGCCAGUUCUCUUCUGUGUGACGAGAACAGAAAAGCUGCUGUCGUGUAUCAGAUGAAGGCUCUGCCUGAUCUGGUGUCCUGUCUCCAGCAGGGUCUGCCCUAAGCAGGAGCCUAAGGUAUAGCAAAAAUAGGGCAAGGAUAUAUUGUACUGGUAGUAGUUUCUCUUCCUGGUGCUUAGUCCGCAAAUCCUACCUCUCUCUUUGCCCAGGGCUGCUUGGUACAGUGUAGAGCAAGUGAAGAUGGUAAGUGCUCAACAGUGAGUACAGUGUCAAAGGUUGUGCUGGCAGAGAUAGGUCAGGAUGUGUUUUCAGGCCCUAAAACUGGAACAAGGGGGAAUCUACAUAGCUGUCCUUUCAAACAGAACAACACAGGUGGAGGACUUGGAGGAAUUCUGGAGAGACAAGACCAAAUCCCAGUUCUUAUGUGUAUCAUAUGUGAGGAAAGCAAGCAUAAUGAGGGGAAAAAUAUGCAUUUUCCCAGCUCAGCAAUCUAGGGUGAUAUCCAUGGAGAAACAUCACCCUGGUUUGUGUAACCUGCUCUGAUCUGGAAAGGCAGGAAAUCCACUGAGAAGAUCAUUGCUGCUUUGUAUUGCAGUUCUGGAAUGGCAAUAACUGUAAAGCCUUUCCUUUUAGCAGCGUGGGACUGACAGCAUAAGGACUGAAGAUUUGUGGGGAUGUAGGUAUAUUCUUACUGCUUUGGGAAUUCUCAAAACAAUUCUUAAAAAAAUCUCCUUCCCUGUCUGCAGUGUCAAAUUUGUUCUGUGCUGGUGCCUUUUAAUGACUAGCGCAGUAGUUGGGUGUGCUGGUGUAACAUCUGCUGGCUUUUAUUUGGUUUUGGAAGUUCUUGAGCUUUUUCUCUCCCACAAGUCUCCUUAUAAUAUGCCUUAUAUUCAUGACGUGGAUUACUCUGAGACUUCUGAAAGAUUGACUGAAAGUGGGAAAGGGGUAGUGCAGAGGCAGCUCCUCUUAGCGAUACACUAUCUUACACAUCAAAAGGGCACAGAUGAGAACAUGAGAGAUUGUAAAAGCCCUCACUUGGGAGGAGUUAAAUAAACACUCACCAAUAACCUGCCUACGUUGAACCUUUUCCAGAAUGCGUGAGUCUGAGAGAUAAAGGGAGCUAUAAAGGGGGAAGCAGCCAGGAGGGCACCAGAGGGAACUGCCCACAGCUCCCGAGGGGUCGUGGCCCAGGUUUGGAGGUGCUUCUGUAAGGAAUCAGUAUGGAGCCAGAGGAGUACAGACAGAGAGGGAAAGAGAUGGUGGAUUACAUUUGCCAGUACCUGAGCAAUGUGAGAGAGAGACGGGUGACUCCUGAUGUGCAGCCAGGUUACAUGAGAGCCCAGUUGCCGGAUUCUGCCCCAAUGGAUCCUGACAGCUGGGACAGCAUCUUUGGAGAUAUAGAGAAGAUUAUUAUGCCAGGGGUAGUUCAUUGGCAAAGUCCACACAUGCAUGCCUACUUUCCAGCUCUUACUUCCUGGCCUUCACUCCUUGGAGAUAUGUUGGCUGAUGCAAUUAACUGCUUGGGAUUCACAUGGGCCUCCAGCCCAGCCUGUACAGAACUGGAAAUGAAUGUGAUGGAUUGGUUGGCCAAAAUGCUGGGACUUCCAGAGAAAUUCCUGCACUACCAUCCUGACAGUGUGGGUGGAGGAGUAUUACAGAGCACUGUGAGUGAAUCCACCUUGGUUGCACUGCUAGCAGCAAGGAAGAACAAAAUUCUGGAGAUGAAGGUUUCUGAGCCAAACACCGAUGAGUCCUCGCUCAAUUCUCGCCUCAUCGCUUAUGCAUCUGAUCAAGCACAUUCUUCUGUAGAAAAGGCUGGCUUGAUUUCCCUUGUGAAGAUAAAAUUUCUGCCUGUGGAUGAGAACUUUUCCCUCAGAGGUGAAACUUUGAAGAAAGCCAUUGCAGAAGACAGAAAGAAAGGCCUUGUGCCAGUCUUUGUUUGUGCAACAUUGGGUACAACUGGUGUCUGUGCUUUUGACAGUCUCUCAGAACUGGGUCCAAUUUGUGAUGCUGAGGGACUCUGGCUUCAUAUUGAUGCUGCAUAUGCAGGAACAGCAUUUGUAUGUCCUGAAUUUAGGCUGUUCUUGGAUGGAAUUGAAUAUGCAGAUUCCUUUACUUUUAACCCUUCUAAAUGGAUGAUGGUUCAUUUUGACUGCACUGGAUUUUGGGUUAAGGAUAAAUACAAAUUACAUCAAACCUUCAGUGUUAACCCUGUCUACCUCAGACAUGCCAACUCAGGAGCUGCAAUUGACUUCAUGCACUGGCAGAUUCCACUGAGUCGCCGAUUCCGGUCUUUGAAGCUGUGGUUUGUGCUUCGCUCGUUUGGGGUGAAAAAGCUUCAAGCUCACGUCCGACAUGGUACUGAAACAGCCAAAUUCUUUGAGUCCUUGGUUAAAAGUGAUCCGCUUUUUGAAAUUCCUGCAAAGAGGCAUCUUGGACUGGUUGUAUUUCGGCUAAAGGGUCCCAACUGGCUGACAGAAAAACUCCUGGAAGAACUAAGCAGUUCUGGCAGGCUCUUCCUCAUUCCAGCAACCAUUCGUGACAAGUUCAUCAUUCGCUUUACUGUAACGUCUCAGUUCACAACCAGGGAAGACAUUCUGCGAGACUGGAACAUCAUUCAACACACUGCAGCCCAAAUUGUUAGCCAGAAUUAUGGGCUGCACUGCAUCAGUUCUGAUGAUGGGGCAAGAAUCCCUGCUAUGGUAGUAGAGCCCAGUUCUGAUGCCAUUAGUAAUGCUUCCCAGCUUUAUCUAGAUGGAGGGAAAUCUAAACCACCUUCCAGAAAAACAGUAGUUCAGCCCAAGAAGUUAUCGGUGAAUCAAGUCCUUCUUGUAGAAGAGGAAGAAGAUAAAAAGAACUGCCUAAUACACGAAAAGCAAGAGGACUCUCAUUUUGAUGCCAAAGAAGGGACUGUAAGGAAUGACACUUCCAUACACCACAGAUGCAAACUGUAUGAGGUCUGUAUUGGACAUGAAGGAACAAAAAAUGUAAGCAAAGAAAUACAAAUAAGUAACUGUUUAGGAGACAAACAAGAGUUUUUUUCAAGUGAUCCCGAAGAUGGUCAGGUGAGGACAGAAGUGCAGUGAUACCACUAGAGUGCAUUGGAGAUGGUGAGUGCAUGGACAGCAUUGCAGGUAUCAAGGCCCACGUGAGGGCAGUUUGGGGGUCAAAUGACUCGUAUAAAGGCUGGGAGGAAAAUGCUAUUUACCAUGAGUGAAGGUCUCUAGGUCAGACCAUAAAUGUGCCAGUUAGGAAAAGGAAAGUAUUUCUGCUUUGAUUGUACUUGGAUGAAGAUUGGUUUAUGUCCAGGAGGAGCUACCGCUAAAAAAGAAAGAAACAGACCUGUGGGAUAUGGGAAAGAAUGCUUUCACUAAAAAAAAUUGUGAGCAGAAAUGAUUCAGUCCAGAAGGAAUAUAAAAAAAAUGGUAUAGCAUUCAGCAAAAGCUUGUUGCAAUUAUGGCAAGGACAAUUUUAGGGACCCUGUAAAGCAUCAAACACAUGUAGUAAGUAGGGAAAGAAGUAGUGUGCAGAGUCAGAAAAACUAUGUAAACUGAGUUGAUAAAGAAUGAUCCAAAGGUCCAAAACUAGCUGAUAAAUUGAAAAGGACAGAAAAGGAAGCAAGACCUUUGGAUUUAGCCACAAGCCAAUCAUUAAUUUUUUUAGAAGGUCAAUGCAAGUAAAGUGACCUUAGCAAAAUCAACUGAAUCUUAUAACAAGUAUUUGAGCAGAACUAGCAUAAACUUAGGGCUUGAGGUUUUUUAAAAAAAGAUGACUGGUAACUAGGAAUUAGACAGCAUCAAGAAAAUUCCUUUUGAAAUUUAAAAAGAACAAUCCUUUUAUACUUUUUGGUACAAGAAUAGUGUUUGAUGUAAUUAUGUUACAAAUGACUCCUAAAAAACUGAGUGAGUUACAAGAAAGUUCUGCAGUCAUAUGAAACCGGGUAACAUGUUCUUGGUAUCAUGCUAACUAAAAUAAUUAACUUUUCUCCAAGAACUAUGUAAAUUCACGGAAAACUUGUACUGUGCUAUUUGUCCUGGGAAGGUGUAGUGUUUACCCGUGUCAGAAAGGCAAACUGCUGAAUGAAUAAUUACUUAGUAGAAUAAGACUUGCUUACUCGUAUUAUCUAAGGCACGUAAAAGCUGUGGCUGAUUUGCUCUAUUCUAAACUUUCUAUUAUGUUUUAAUAUAUGUUACUACUAGUGAUGUUUAUCUUUUUCUGCUGUAGGUAUGUCUGCUGAGUUCACUAGCACUGACUGUGAUCUUGCAUAUACAAGUACUGUUAAAUAUUGUGUCUGUUCACAGCCGUGCUCCACUGUACCAGCUCUGGAGAGCUGGAGGAUACUGAACAGGGUACUGCUUGGGUGAUAAAGCCAGAAGCAAAAAUCACGUUCAAAGAAAGAUGCAGAUUUUUUACAACUUUAAACGGAAUAACUGGGAUAAAAGUAAUUUUUGCUGUGUCUGUUUUUCACUUUUGUAAGGCAAAACCAGAUGACUUAUAAGUGAACUUACGUGCAAAGUUAAGAAAGUGCAGAACAGCACAAUCAGGCUAAGAGGAACACACUAAAUCUGAGUAGAGCUGGUAGCAAACAUAUUUCUCCUUGUAGACAGUUUCUGUUGAGUAGAAGUACUUUUGAAGAUACAUCUGUUGAUUUUAUCAGGG